AUGACUGCACAUGAAAUAGAAACAGUCAAGGCUGAUAAUCUGGAACUCAUUCCGAUUGAUAGCGGCCCUCUGAAUGUUCCUAAGCUUGCUUAUGGUCUAGAGCGAGUUCUUUUCAACCCAGGCGUGUAUCAACUGCAAGAUCCUCGAACUAGAGUAUUCAAUUUUGACCCAUACCUGCAGACUAUUAUGCCUGUCGACGAAUUUGAUUUCAAUGCUCUAAAGCAGUAUGUUACCUCGUCAAAAGAUGAUACCCUGUUGAGCAAGGCAGCUGCAGAAAAGAAAAAGUACACAGGAUCAACUUCCAGCAUGACUGCUUCUCUUGCACAUUUCCAUUUCCUGCUCUCGCAAUGGAGACUCAUUAAUGUUGGGAAUCUUUCAAAAAUGUUUCCCGUGCAAUACCAUACAUUCACAGCCUUCCAGCGUUGCCCUACCUCCAUAUUUCUGAGGUGGAAAGAUGGCACAUACGCGAUUGACGCGGACAAGCAAUUCGAUGGAGCUUCGGUCCUCAGCAUGCUCGGCAAAUCGAUGGAGAAAUUGCUGACUCUGCCUAUGGAAGAUUUCGAAAAGUACAGAAAGGGGAAAUCAGACCAAAUUUCGGAAGAGGAGCGAAAUGAGCCUGAAGCAUUUCAUUAUACUACCAUGGGAGACUUCCUCAUGAGAUCGCAAUUAGAUGCUUAUGAUUCACGCCUACCAGGAACUGGCAUGUUUGAUCUGAAAACUAGGGCCGUCAUCUCAGUCCGCAUGGACACGGACGCCUACGAAGAGGGCCGUGGUUAUCAGAUUCGGAACCGUCAUGGCGAAUGGGAAUCUUUUGAGAGAGAGUAUUACGACAUGAUCAGAUCAGCUUUCUUGAAGUACUCUUUACAGGUCAGAAUGGGCCGCAUGGAUGGUAUAUUCGUCGCGUUUCACAACACAGAGCGGAUCUUUGGUUUUCAAUACAUCAGCCUGGAAGAGAUGGACUACGCGCUUCAUGGCUCGGAUGACAGGAGACUUGGUGAUGCUGAGUUCAAGCUCAGUGUGGAUCUACUCAAUCGUGUUCUUGAUCGUGCUACUACGAAAUUCCCUGAGAAGUCACUUCGUAUACACUUCGAAACACGAGAUGCUGUCACGCCUUUCAUGUAUAUUUUCGCUGAGCCUGUUGAAGAAGACAGAAUUGAAGAAAUCCAAGCAACUAACAGGGAUAAGGCUGAGGAGUUUGAGAGACGUGUCUUGGGUUUGGAGGCCGAAGAACGCAAUGAGCAGGAGAAGAUAGCUCAGUGGAAUGCUCUUCGUGCUCGCGUGGAACGAACUAUGAAACAGGACGAGGAGGCCCCAGAGCAACAAUUAGAAGGUGCCGAAGAUGAUGCUGAUGCUAUGACCGAAGAGGAGCGACAUCAAAUUCAAGAGCCUCUUUUGGCCAUGACACUCACGAUCCGCAAUCUAGUUGAUGGCGAAUAUGUUGCGCAGCCUGACGCAGAAAAUUAUCCUCCUGGUGCGAAAUGGGACGUCGAGUACGCACUAGCCGAGGUGCAGGACAGAGACAGAGCAGACCUGCUGUACAAAGCAUGCAAACUCCGACGGAAGAGAACUUACACCAACACGGUUGAUUUGACUGCAAAUGUGUUGCAGGACGCUUUCUUGGAGCGCAUCAAGACUUUGAGUCGAGAGGGGAGAGUAUGGAGGGAUAAGCAGAAGGAGAUUGAGGAGAAACUUCCGCUCAGAACUUUGGAUGAGACGUUGCAGAAGUCGAGUGAGAUUAGGAACGAGGAGAGUAAUGAUGACAAUGACGCGCAUGACGAAGAGGGGGAAGGAGAGGUCAAGUCAUGAUUUCAUUUGUAUCAUACAAUAAGGCGCCGGUUGUAAAAUAAUUGUAUACUACUAUUGUCUGUAUAAAUGUAUAUAGUACCUAGACUCGUUCUUGAGAGAACAAUGUACAACAGAG